AUGAGCCAGGCAGGUCACGAUUGUCGGGUUCGGUUGGAUGUAGAAGGGCGUGAAUACGCGCACUUCGACGACGUGGGCCCGGAGCUCAUCACCAGGGAGCUCCCCGGGAAGGACAGUCCAUCCAACUUUAGGCCAGACGGCCUCGAUCCCGCCCUCGAGAAUAUCGGCAUCAGGUUGAUCAAAGGGUUGAGCACCGAAAACUUCUGGCCAGAUGGGGUCGAGCCCGUCCUCGAGCAUAUCGGCAUCAGGUUGAUCAAAGGGCUGAGCACCGAAAAUCUCUGGCCAGAUGGGAUCGAGCCCGUCCUCGAGCAUAUCGGCCUCGGGUUGAUCAAAUCCCUGACUGCCGAGAACCCCAGGACAGAUGUGGUCGAGCCCGUCCUCGGGAAUAUCGGCAUCCCUCUGGUCGGAUACUAG